ACCAUGUGAGAGACGCGGGGGCUGAGUAUCCCAAUCAGAUUGAACCAGCACUCUCGUUCCUCCUCCACAGCCUGGUCUCCAUUCCCCGCACUUCCACAUUGCGAUAGAAGCCAUGUCUGGACUGGAAGGCCCAGGCAUCGUUGCAAAUGUUAUUGCUGUGGUUGACUUGUCUCUCAAAGUCAUCUCAUGUUGCUCCAAGUACGCUCAAGAUGUCAAAAACUCAAAUGACAGCCGCGCCCGACUUCUGCAGGCAACCAUCACGUUGCAUUACGAGUCCGGAAAAUCCACAAUCUUCUCACUGGAAAGAAUGGCAGCAAACUGGAAGCUUCUCAGAAGCUUGCCCAGGCUAUGGGAAGCAGUAAGGUGCAGUUACACGAGCUUGAAAGUCUGCUGUCCGACAAUGCCAAUUGUUCAAGCCUCAAAUGGCCGCUGCGGAAGAAAAAGGUUGAAGGCGCUAUUCGGAACAUCGAAAAUACAACAAAGACCCUACUAGAAGUCCUUCAGAUUGAUACGACAGGCAUUAUCCUUGAUAUCGAUGAUAGGACGGAGGCUGGCCAGCGAAGGGCAGUAAUCGAUCAAUUGCCAUACGUUAGUGAUGCAGUUUGGGACUCACAUGCCGAGGAGCAUAAUGCGACCUGUCUGGAGAACACCCGUAAGGAUAUUCUGCGGGAGAUCAAGGAUUGGGCCGAAGACACAACUGACCAGUCGAAAACGGUGUUCUGGUUGAACGGCAUGGCGGGUACUGGAAAGUCCACUAUCUCACGCACAAUUGCCCGCUCCCUAUCCGAGGCUGGGAGAUUAGGCGCAUCCUUCUUCUUCAAACGUGGCGGACUGAAUAGAGAGAAAAUACCCAAAUUCGUCCCAACUAUUGCGCGUCAACUUGCGACAAAUCAGCCGGCGCUCGAGUCUUAUAUCUAUAAAGCGGUCCUGCAAGAUCCAACUAUUGCGAGCAAAGCCGUUAGAGCUCAGUUCGAAAGACUUAUUCUGGAGCCCCUCUCUCAAAGUUCAGCUGAGACUCAGGAUAAAAAGCCGAUCACUAUUGUCGUCGACGCGCUGGAUGAAUGCGAGUCUGAUGCUGAUAUUUAUCUCAUUAUUAACCUGUUUUCCCGCACAAGUGAUAUAAAGCAACCGCGAAGUAGAAUAUUUGUGACGAGCCGCCCUGAUCUUCCGGUUCGCAUAGGGUUCAACGACGUGCAGGGAACUUAUCAAGACCUGGCCCUUCACGAGAUACCCGCUCAAGUAAUAGAACACGACAUAUCAACAUUCUUGCAACACGAAGUAAAUAUGAUUAAAAGGAGAUGGAAUUCUUCAAUUGCUGAGGGACGUAAACUGCCCCCCGACUGGCCUGGAAACGCCUGCAUCCAGCUCCUCACAGAAAGGGCAGCGCCCCUCUUUAUCUUUGCCGCAACUGUAUGCCGUUUCAUAGCUGACCGGAGGCAUGGUAGCCCUGACGAGCAGCUCCAAAGAUUCCUGGAAUCUUCGGCUGAGGAUAAUCCGUCUCGGAUGGACCUUACAUACGGGCCAGUCCUUGGUCAGCUGCUUGGUUCGCAUUGUUCCAAACGCAAGAAGGAGACGAUCAUCCACGAAGUCAAGCGAAUCGUCGGUACCAUCAUUAACCUCGCUAUCCCUCUAUCAUCAUCCGCACUUUCGAGACUCGUGAAAAUUGACCAGAAGACGAUUGAUGUCAGGUUAGACUAUCUCCAUUCGGUUCUCAGCAUCCCUUCCUCUUCAGAUGCACCAAUUCGAAUGCUUCAUUCAUCCUUUCGUGACUAUCUGAUGUACCCAUAUAUCGAAGGGAAUCCUUUUCGGAUCGAUGAGAAGAAGUCAUCAAGAGAUCUAGUUGGAGACUGUUUCCAAGCGAUGGAGAGCCUUAAAACCGAUGUCUGUCACCUGGGGAUUCCAGGCAUGCUCCGUUCGACAUUAAGACCCGAGCUUAUCGACGAAUAUCUACCCCCAGAGGUUCAAUACGCAUGCAUUUACUGGAUAGACCACCAAAGGGUUGCAGGAAUUGCUCCCGGAGAUGCCGCCGCUAUCCUCAACUUUUUGGAGAAGCAUCUCCUUCACUGGUUUGAAGCCAUGAUCUUACUAGGGGAAGUCUAUCUGAUCACCGGACUGAUCAGGAGUCUUAAAUCUGUCCUGGAAAGAAAGUCUGCUGUUGACGUGAAGUUGAUCGAUUUCCUUGACGAUGCAAUCAGAUUCGUUGACACAGAUACCGAAGCGAUCAACCUAGCACCCUUACAGAUAUAUUACUCUGUUUUGGUGUUUACGCCUACGAACAGCAUCGUCCGAAAGACCUUUGUCGCUGAAAUACCAAUUUGUUUGAGACGUGUGACAGGCAGAAGAACCGACUGGGAUCCACGCCUGCGUUCGUUCGAGAAAUCUGCGCCCACAUGGUGGCACCCUGGAGACAGACGCUCUACCGUGUUCUCGCCUGGCUCUGAACUAUUGUAUUCUGUCUCCAACAGAGAAUAUGCCAGAGCUUGGAGUUGCGACACAGGCGAAUGUAUCGAGGAGCUCGAGACAGAUCAAAACUCUUUGAUGGCUCUUUCUCCCAAUGGAAAAUACCUAGCAGUGACUACCCCCGAGCACAAGAUAAGCUUAUUCUCGGAUACAAUAGCAUAUAUUCUAGAGCUAACAGAAGAUAGAGCCUUGGGUGAUUUAGCCUUUUCACGAGACUCCGCAUUACUAUGGGUAUGCUCAAUCAAGGGACAAGUGAAAGCCUGGGAUGUGGCACCGGGGGAUUGCGUGAGAGAUCUCAGAUGUCCAUGGGGCAUGGAAGUUGACACCGACUCUCGUCAGACCUACGGGUGUCAGUUGGAGUUCUCACUGGAUCAAUUCACCGCUCUACUUAUUUCGAACUAUGUUGAUGCGCAUGUUUGGUUUCUUGAGAGUGUUGAGGAAGAAAAGUCCUUUCACAUAGCGCUGUCCAACGAUGCCAUUGACAGCCCCAGUGGCUUCUCGCCAGAUGGGAAAGUAUUGGCUACGCCUUCAGCACAAAACUCAGUAAUGAAGAUCUGGGACCUCCAGAUAGGCCAGUGUGUAUGGGAUCUGAAGGAGGAGGAUGCUAGUUGUAUGAUGGACUUUGUCUUUUCACCGGACUCGGGCCUCCUGGCGAUAGUCUAUACCAACGAAUCAAUAUUGGUCUGGGAUACUCGGAGUGGAAAGUGCUCAGCAAAACUAAACAUCGGGCGUCGCCUCUCCUUUCCCGGUAUCUCAUUUUCACCCGACAUGGACUUUCUCCUCUUCACAAGUGAGAGAGAGGAUGGGCCGUACAGCAACAUUGAAGUAUGGAACUUAAACGCAGAAGUCUGUGUGACAAUGAUGAGAUGUCAUGAGGGCGAUAUAUACCAUCUUUUAUUUUCUCCUGAUGGGCAAACCUUUGCCUCUGUGCGACGAGGUGGCGGUGAAAUACAGUUAUGGGACUGGCCAAGCCUCCUCAAAGAGCCUCUAGAGGACUCAAAGGAAACGACGUCACUCGUUCUAUCGCAUGAUGCAUCAACAGUAGUAGCGUCAUAUGGAAUUCACGAACUGAGAGCAUGGAAUGCCGCGACAGGUGAAAUGCUCCACGAGAUGCGCAAUAAGGACCAAAAUUCCUCUAUACGAUCUUACAAGUUUUCCCCCGAUUCUGCAUUCAUAGCAACAGACGGAUGGGAUGAGGCGGCAGUAUGGGGUGCACGCGAUGGCAACUGCGUGUGGCAGCUCAGCCAGCGCGACGAAAGGACCAGAGUGCAUUUCUCACCAGACUCUCGACGUAUAGCAGUAGGUAUUCAAAACUACUUGGGUAGGGAUGGUCCUUGCAUUGAGAUCUGGAAGCGGACCAACGGUACAUUUGAUCUCGAACAUACCUGGAGGGAGAUCUGGGCCUAUGACUUUUCAUUUUCUCCGAGUGGAAGCCUGUUGUUCGUUAAUCACGGAAAAGGGAUAAGGGGUUUCGACUGUGACACAGGCGAGCUGUUUCACGAAAUAACAUUUGAUGGACACGAGAUAACUGUGGUUUCGAUGGCAAUUGCCGAGGAUUCUUCCACCCUUGCCCUUGGACUUCCAUCUGCGAUUCAAAUGUGGAACUUUGAGUCAACGAUGUGUACCCAAGAGUGGCGGACUAACUCAGGUUCCAACUUAAUCCUGUCUUCCACGGGAACUCUUUUGGCCAGCCAGAUUAAUAACGACAUCCGAAUCUGGAAUUGGACGACUGGGGAGAUGCUUGCCGAUAUCAAACUUUCUGAAAACGACUGGAAGAUCGAUGCCUUUCUACCAGAUAACUCUGGAAUCCACACCAAUUAUGGAGUCAUUCCAAUGAGCCUGGGAACUGUCUCAAGCCAAUACCUCACACCAACGUUCAGACUCAGAAAACAUUGGAUCCAGUGGAAGGAGAACAAUUUAAUCGAACUACCACUCGAUUUUCGAGGUGUUUGGACUGCAAUAUCAGCAACGAAUUCGGAACUCACUGUUGCAUUUGGGUGUAGCUCGCAGCGGGUUACCAUUCUCAAGAUCUCAGAAAAUGAAGAGUUGAGAUGGUUGCUUCCUCUCAUCGAAGAGACUUAAAAUUAUCUAGUGACAUAUAUACAGGAGCGAAGCGUUAUAAUGGGCAUUUUUAGAAUGAACUAAGCAGGGCAUCUCACAAGUAAAUGCCC